UUAAAAACAAAUUGAUGUAAUAAUGAACAAACUUGUGAUUAGAUAUUUUAGAUAGUUGAAUGUUGAACUAAAAAAGAAAUGACUUAUAAUACUAGAUACUAUAGUUUGAGUUUGAAGACAAGUUGUUGUAAUGUUACAAUAGCAUUUGUGGGGCUAAAAGAAGACCAAAAAGAUCUUUACUCUCUUCUCUCAUUGCACACUUUGUCACUCUUUUCACAAGCAUCUACAACCUCUCAUAGGCCAAAGCUGCAGAUGAAGAAAAUCUAUAAGAAAUUCAACAUCAGUUAGAAUCCAAAAAGAAUCCAACUCUUAUAGUGGAUGUCAUAAUCAAGAAUUUUGAGGCAUAAACUUUAAACCAAGUGGCAUCAAAUUGCACAUUAGAAAAAAAACAUCAUAAGCACAAUAGAAGCAUUGUUUUGAAAUUUUCAAACUAGAGAAAUUAAUGGGAAUGAAGAGUACUGGUGGAGAAAUAGUUCAAGUUCAAGGAGGUCACAUUGUUAGAUCAACAGGUAGAAAAGAUAGACAUAGUAAGGUUUAUACUGCGAAAGGCCCUCGCGAUCGGCGCGUUCGAUUAUCUGCGCACACCGCGAUACAAUUCUACGAUGUUCAAGAUCGGCUCGGCUACGAUAGGCCGAGUAAAGCUGUUGAUUGGCUUAUCAAGAAGGCUAAGUCUGCUAUUGAUAAACUUGAUGAGCUUCCUCCAUGGAAUCCAAUUCAAAAUGCAACAGAAGGGUUUCAAGAGGAGGAGGAUAACAAUAAUGGUUUAGAAACAAGUAAAAUGGUUAUUGCGGCGGAAAAUUCAGAAUCUUCUGGUUACAAUUUGCAGCAGAAUCAUAACCAUUCAGGUUUCAUUCAAUCAAGUAUUGAUAAUGAUGCUAUCGCGUUUUUUCCGACGAGUUCUGUUGGCGAUUCGAUGAAUUUUCAAAGCUACUCUUCUGAUAUAAUCUCAAGAACAAACAACUCAACACAGGAUCUUGGUCUUUCUCUUCAUUCAUUCCAAGACAAUUCAGGUUCCAAUGAUCAAACACUUUUCUCUGAAUCAAACCAUGUUGGAUUUGAUGCUAAUUAUCAUAGGAUUGUGAAUUGGAACAAUGAUCAUCAUGGAACAACAACUGAUAUGAAUAUGAAUAUGAAUAUGAACAUGAAUAGAACAGGUUUCAUGGUUAAUAAUUCGCCCGCGUCGUUUCUAGGCCAAGGUUCGGCCUUUUCCUCCCAUAGGGGGACCCUUCAGUCCAGUUUUUCGCCAUCGCUUCGUCCUUGGAAUGAUAUUCCAAUGGCGGAUUCAUCUGUCGAUCAUCAUAAUCAAAAAUCUCAUCAGCCUAUUCACCACGGUUCGAUAUUUGGUAGCAGGUUUUUGUCUGAUGCUUUGACAGGUUUCUGUAUUCCUGCUAGAAUUCAAGGAGAGGAUGAGAACCACGGAGUUGGCUCAGAACAGCCAUCGUCGUCUUCUAAUUCUCAUCAUUAACCAGAAACAUGAACUGCAUAAUGCUGCAAUCUUCAUUUUCUAUCAGGGGCAUUGUGUACCAGAUAUGGAAACAUGGGAAGAUUAUGAAGGACAGAAAGUAUGUCUGGUUGGAUUCAACUAUUUUGUACCUUUAUUUUCUGUUAUUGCAACCAUUGACAUUGGUGUUAUUUUUUUAUGUUUUUUGAAGCAACUGAAAGUGUGUUGACUACUUGUUUUUGAUAUAUUUAAGCAUAAUGUAUUAUUUGAUGAUACUUUGCUGAAUUAAUAUAUGGCUUUGAGGUGGAUUUUGUUUUGA